CGCGGCCCUGGCGGGCGGCGCGGAGCUGCGGGAGCGUCGGCCUCCUCCCGGCCCCCUGCGCGGCCCUCAUGCGGCGCCGGCGCUGACCCCGGAGAUCCGCCGCUCGCCGUCCUCCCGGGGACCGCGGGGUCGCCCGGCCCCGCCUCCCUUGGCGGUUGGAGUCGGCUUGCGGGCCCGCGGCGGCCGCCCAUGGAGAAGGCCGGGCGGGGAGGCGAUGGCGCCCCCCGGGGGCCCGUACUGCACAUCGUGGUGGUCGGCUUUCAUCACAAGAAGGGCUGCCAGGUUGAAUUCUCUUACCCGCCCCUGAUUCCAGGAGAUGGACAUGACAGCCACACUUUACCUGAAGAAUGGAAGUAUUUGCCCUUCCUUGCCUUACCAGAUGGCGCACACAACUACCAGGAAGAUACUGUGUUUUUUCACUUGCCACCCAGAAAUGGAAACGGAGCCACAGUAUAUGGUAUCUCCUGCUACCGACAAAUUGAAGCCAAGGCAUUGAAAGUACGGCAAGCAGAUGUCACCAGAGAGACCGUUCAGAAAAGUGUCUGUGUUCUAAGCAAGUUGCCUCUCUAUGGCUUACUUCAAGCAAAACUUCAGCUCAUUACGCAUGCAUAUUUUGAAGAGAAGGAUUUUUCCCAAAUUUCCAUUCUAAAGGAGCUUUAUGAACAUAUGAAUAGUUCCUUGGGAGGAACUUCAUUAGAAGGAUCCCAAGUGUAUCUUGGUCUGUCUCCUCGAGAUCUUGUGCUUCAUUUUCGACAUAAGGUCUUAAUCCUGUUUAAACUAAUUCUUCUUGAAAAAAAGGUUCUCUUUUAUAUUUCUCCAGUGAAUAAAUUGGUGGGUGCCCUGAUGACUGUAUUAUCCCUUUUUCCAGGCAUGAUUGAACAUGGUCUCAGUGACUGUUCUCAGUACAGACCCCGAAAGAGUAUGUCUGAAGAUGCUGCGCUUCACGAAAGUAAUCCCUCUGCAAAUGAUUUUCUUUCUAUGUCUGCUCCUGACAUUUCAAAUACCAACUCAGGAACUGUUAAGAAAAUUAUAACAGGAAGCCAUGGAGGAGAUGUUGGCAUCAAGACCGAAGAACCAUUGCUCCAAAUAGAAGAUGACAGCAGCAAAGGACAAGAACCCGAUGAUACUAGUCAAUAUUUGAAACCUCCUUCCCGCCCAUCUCCAGAGUCUUCAGAAAGUGACUGGGAGACCUUGGAUCCUAGUGUCUUAGAGGACCCUACCUUGAAAGAAAGGGAACAGGUUGGGUCAGAACAGACAAACUCAUUUCCAAAGGAGUCUUUACCCUCAGACAGUCCUCCAAUUACUGUACAACCUCAAGCUAACACGGGCCAGGCGGUCCUGAUACCAGGGCUAAUUUCUGGUUUGGAAGAGGACCAAUAUGGCAUGCCCCUGGCCAUCUUCACAAAGGGAUAUCUGUGUUUGCCUUAUAUGGCAUUGCAGCAGCAUCAUCUUCUCUCUGAUGUCACCGUCCGUGGAUUCGUUGCUGGGGCUACUAACAUCCUUUUCCGACAACAGAAGCACCUCAGUGAUGCUAUUGUGGAGGUAGAAGAAGCUCUGAUCCAGAUCCAUGAUCCAGAACUCAGGAAGCUGCUUAACCCAACUACUGCAGACCUCAGGUUCGCAGAUUACCUGGUGAGGCACGUGACUGAGAACCGGGAUGAUGUCUUCCUAGAUGGCACAGGCUGGGAGGGAGGCGAUGAAUGGAUCCGAGCCCAGUUUGCUGUCUACAUCCACGCGUUGCUGGCUGCCACACUGCAGUUAGAUAAUGAAAAGAUAUUAUCGGACUAUGGGACAACCUUUGUUACAGCCUGGAAGAACACUCACAACUACAGGGUGUGGAACAGCAACAAGCAUCCGGCACUUGCGGAAAUAAAUCCGAAUCAUCCUUUUCAAGGCCAGUACUCAGUGUCAGACAUGAAGUUAAGAUUCUCACAUUCUGUUCAAAACAGUGAACGUGGCAAAAAAAUUGGAAACGUCAUGGUCACAACCAGCCGAAAUGUUGUCCAAACAGGAAAAGCUGUUGGCCAGUCAGUUGGAGGAGCUUUUUCCAGUGCAAAGACAGCUAUGUCUUCAUGGCUUUCUACUUUCACCAGUCCCAGCCCCCAGAGCCUCACUGAGCCACCUGACGGGAAGCCUUGAGUGUCCAGAGACUGCUGUCGCUUUCCUUAGGUUUAAGUGUUUCCUGUCUGUCUGCUGCUCCCAGACUGUUCCUCUUCAUCAACCACAGGUCCACAACAGGGGACCAGCACGUCAAACUGUUUACAUGGACAGUUGCCCUUUGUCUAAAUGAAUGUCGCACGAUGCUGGAAAGAUGAAAUUGCAGCCGUAGCAGGGAUGGCUCUCCAGGUUGGGGUUUAAAUUGACUACUUUUUUUUCAGUCUGAGCCUGAUUAAAACACAUAAUGAAACUUCUCAUGAAUUUUCAGUUCUGAUAUUAUACACUUGUUUACGUUAGAAAAGGUUUUACUUAUGUAAAUUUUGUUCUCUUUUCCUGUUUGAAUAUCCAGAUGGCCACUGUAAUUUAUAUGUGCUAAAAUUAAGUUAUAUUACUAUUUGAAUUUCUCUCAAGUUGGCCCUAAAAUGUGCUUAUAAAGGGGCCAUACAGUCCAGCCCUUUGUUAUUACUUUGCUGAAUUAUAUAAUGAUUUUUUGGUUUAUUGGCUUUCUACCUACAAGACACAUUUAUUGAGUCGCUUCCUCCCAGAAACAUGAAAGCCAGAGGCAGUAGUUCUGGGGAUGGAGUGUUUUAUGUUCUUAAUUUAUUCUUCCCCAGUAAACACUUGCUCUGAGGCAUCAGAGAGUUUCACUGUGCUUUCCUCCGCUUCCCAACUGUGCAAGUCAGUGUGCAGAGAAAUAGCAUGGUGCUGGUUACAAUGGUGUUCCAGCAGUUACAUGCCGAGUGUGUACCUAGGGCGAGACUUCGGAAGAGCUCAGUGUAGUCUGUCAACUCCAGUUAUGUUGCAGCCUUUUAUAAGAGUUUUUAAACCCGCACUUUGUGCCUUCUGUUUCUUCUUUUGAACCGUUUUCACUGGGUGUUUACAGACGUACAGGUUUUUUGCUUAGUGUUACUCUUCAUACGGCAUUUCAAGGCAUUUGGCCUUCCCACUUCCCUGAUGGAAAAUCCUCUUGUAAUCAGUCCCUACCCCCUUAUGAAAGUAUGUAUAAGAGAAAAACAAGAUGAUCUGUAACUAUUAAGUAGAAAUCUCAUCUUUGCUCACAUUUAGAAAAGCAAGAGGAGAAAAACACAGCCAUGACAUCAGUCCUGUUUCACAAAGGACCUCUGGUUUCACUUUAGACACAUGCAUGUGUGUGCUAUCUACUGAGGAUUUGUACACAACUGGACCUCAUGUAUCUGCUGUGCACAGCUCUCAUUUGCUUUUCAAGGGGACUUUGGAUGGGUGUUCUCAGGGAGUACUUACAGGGCACAGACUGCUUUUUCAGUAACAAAGGACACUUGGAAAAUAAAUACCUUGUAAGUAUGAUCUACAUAUGAUAGCAUAUUGGGAAAAUGAGGAAUCUAAUUAAGGAGGACACUUGAUUAUAUUUGAUUUCUCCCUUAAAAGUGAGGUGCCUGGCUGGCUCAGUUGGUAGAGCAUGUGACUCUUGAUCUCAGGGUCAUGAGUUCAAGCCCCACAUUGGGCAUGGAGCCUACUUUAAAAAAAUAAAAUCUUUUAAAAAAAUUAAGAAAUGUUUAUGUAAGAAGUAAAUUUUUCUAGGGCAUGUGAAAUGAACGUAGGGACAUAACUAAAUAUCUCUAAAUUUUCCAAUUUGUGUUUUAACACAAGUCCGCAAAUCUGAAAGUAUACUUCCAUUUGAGCACAGUAAUUCAAAAAUUCAGUGAUGAUCGAUGCAAGGGCUUAUUAUGAGAACUCUAUUAAUUCCACUUGUGCUGGGAAACUUAGCCUUCUCAGGAAAUAUUAUUUGAGGAGAAGAAAGUAAUACCAAACAAAACCUUAAAAGGUACUUCAAUCAGUGUUGCACUGAGACUAUAAAGAAUUCAUUCUAACAUCUUGUUUCAUGAGGCCAUGUCACUAGUCAGAGUGUCAGAGUGCGUUAGCGUGCGGUUGUUACUUCACAUCUGCCUGACAUUCACAAUGUGAGAGCACUGUGACCGGUUAGCCAGCACAUUGCUGGUCCAUCCUUCAUUCUGUAUGGUGUGUGGUUUAGGGUAAACUCCCAUCUCACUGUGCAGAAGCAGACCAAUCCACACUUUGAUAUCCCACUGAAAUAAAAAGAGUGAAGCUUUGCUUUAGGAUCACUUGUUCCCCCACUUUAAUAUACACUUUUACACAAGCUUUCUCACUAAGGUUUCUAGUUAAGAGUUCAACUCUUAAGGUGGUCGUUUUACUGGCUUUCAGCACAAAGUGAAUAUCUCAAAAGAUAGAACUUUUGUCCAAGAAGUAGUCAAAAGACUAACGAUAUUUCCUUCAGUUUUUUGGGGGUGUUGGAGUUUUCAGGGAGCAUAAGCUAGUAUGUUGUUGGCAGGGGCCCUGGGGCAGCCAGCAGUCGGUUUCUAUCUAUUUAAUAAUUUCUCCCUGAUGGCAGGAAGCCUGGCCCCUUGUCUCGUGAGCCUACAUGCUUGUUUCUUGGAUUCCAGGUGUCAGCUGAGUGGCCAGCCCCAGAAACUGUAGCCUCCUUGGUUCUCUGAGGCCGUCUUUGGACAUGCCACUCAAAGAGGAUGCAUUGUUUAGCCAUGCUUGCUCUGGUGCUUUUAUGUCUAAGAACUGAGUACUUGUAAGUAGGCCUGAGGGGGCAGCAUCAGCCAGGCUUUUCCAGAGUGUGCCAGGCACGUGGACUGCAUCUGUAGCUUGGCAGUGACCUCACUGCUAUCUAGGUAACUUAAAGGUAGUGCUGGGAAGAAGUCCCUGGCAUUAUUUAGUUCCUACUAAGGCAUUGUAAUGACAGUUUACAUGGGGAAAGGAAAAGAGUUAAGGCUACCAACCACCUCUGGGCUAAGUGAAUAGAAAAAGUUGCAUGUCAGAGAGAGGCUUAGAGUUACCUUGCAUAUGGAUUUGACUCAUGUAGCCAGGAUGAAUAGCCUAUCCCCAGAUCCACCAGUGGUUUACUAGUGCCCAAGCUCUAGAACAAUCCUCAUCUACUUUUUGCUUAAAGAAGCAGCAGAAAUACCCUGGGGCAGCAAACCAGAGCAUAUGUUGCGAUUUCCUCAAUCUUAUCUUGCUUUCUGAGUUCUGUAUUAAGCAUUGGCUUUUCUUUCCUUUUUUUUUGGGGGGGGGGGGGCUUUUCUUUCCUUAAGAAUAAUUUACUUUAGAAAGGCAAGGAGAAAGCAAAUUUGCAAGGGAGACAAGUUAGAAGUUGCAAGGCUGAGGAACAAGGUACUUCAAAUCUGAAUGAAGGUAUCUUGAAAGCAGUAUUUAAUGUGCUAAUGGCUACAAGAGCUCUUUUACAAAGAAGGUAGAAUUUUUAAUCUGCUAGUUACAAGUUAUAAAAUGAAGCUAUAACCUCUCCCUGGCAGGUUUUGUUCUUACUUUGUUUUGUGGAAGUUACAGCCAGUGGGUUUUUUUUUUUUUUUCUCCCCUCUGGGCCUGGUAAUGAGCUGGCGAGCACUCAGCUUUGUGAGGGGCAGUGGACUGAUCUUGAACAGCGUAAUAAACAUUUAUGUGUCAGUAGUUUGGGCAAGUAGCCUGUUAGGACGGUAGCUGCUAAAUAUUGCCAUUGUUUUUACAAUGGAGUUGGCUAGGACUCUUGAAAUGGCAUCAGCAUUUGCAAGCUCUGAUUCUUUGACCAGAGGUGGUACAGCAUUUGUGGCCUUUCCACCCUGAUCAGAGGUAGCCUCUAAGGCUGACGGGGAACACGGCCCCAGCUUCUAGAUGAUUGUCGUUCCACGUAACUCAGUAUGCCACUAGGAGUUUUUCAUUCCAGGUCUUUAGAAUUCAUGACAUUGGAAUUGUUUUGUUAUAAUUUCCAACAUUCCAUAAAUAUUUGUCAAGGACAAAGGAAAGGAAUGUGGAUCUUUAUUCUUUUCGUAUAAAUGACUUUGUACACAUGACUAUCUGCUUUCAUACGAAGGGGAAGAAAUUAGCUCAAGGGAGGAGCUCCUCCCUUGUGUGAUAACUCCAGAUUUAAACGAUGUGCACGUAGAGGGGUUGAGUAUAUUUUGUAAAACUCUAAUGAUUUGUAUUUCUGUGCUGUUCUAAAGUUUACCUUUUUACUCAUAUUAAUUAAAGAUAUAUAAACUAUAUAUUUAAAUCAUGCAAGUGGGACACAAUUUAGGGUUUUGGUUUUUUUUCCAGUCUUAUUUUUCAUCAGCAUCUCACACAUAGUAUGCUGCUCAAAUUUUUUUGUGUGCAAUAUGAACAUUUGAACAUUUCAGUCAGGUACUGAGCCAGAAAAGGUAAUUGAAGUUUUUUUAGGAAGCUUCUGUGCUUAGAAAAUAUUUUGUUUUCUUGAAAUGUUAAUUUAUAGCUGGGAAAAUGGGAUCAAGACUUAAUGUGUUUCAAGCCGCUUGGUCAUUGGUUCCUAAAUUUAGGAAGCAUUUGAUUAACAAGUUAGUGAAGGCAUUUAGUGAUCACAAAAAUAGUUUAAAUAUUUGAGAUUAAAGGCUUCCCAUAACCCUCCCCAAGAAAGUUUAGCUAAGAAGUCUUAGAAAGUUUUCUGAGGAGGUUUAGCUGUGGCACACGUUUUGAUCAGAAAGAUAGUUUCUCUUUGCUCCAAUAGUUUUAUAAUUUGUACUAGUUAUUUGUUUCUGUUGUCAUUUGUUUUUAAAAAAAAUGUUAAAUGAUAAAUCACGUCUAAUCAUAGUGAAUUGUAAAACUUCUGUAUCUUUAUUUUAAGGAAAAAUAAGAAUAAAAUUAUCCUGU